AUGUACAACGCUGUAAAUUAUUAAUUUAUUAUUAGUGCAUACACAAAGCACAUCAGAAAUGAAAUGCGGCUGUCAAUCUCAAAGCUACUUCCUUUCCUUCAUUUCUCUUCUCCGUUUGGUUUCAGCGACCAACUUGGCCUUGUUUGUGUCAUUGCUCUGAGAAAGUAAUUAUGCCACAAAAUGUUGGACGCCAUGGAUGAACGUCUAACAAAAAAGUAUGCAUUCCAUGAUCCCAACUAUAUUGUUAGGGACAAAGUAUACAACUUUAUCAAACUCAUCAAUACGGGGUCCAUUUUUGUUCUUCUGAUCUUUUCGGUAGCAUCAAAUCCAAGCUCAGCAACGCCCUCUCCCUCUCCUUCUCCUACCAUUUCCCCCACCAACAAUUCUACAUGCCCAGUGCCCAUGAAUUAUGUUCAAACAGUCCCUUGGAACAUCUCUUCCUGCCAAAACUUCCAACCCUUGUCAACCCAAUACCAAACAAGCACAAGUUCUUGUUGCCAAACACUCCUAUCUCUCUUUGGGGUAGCACUUGCACAAAACCUCAAGGAAAACUCCCUUUUUCAACUACCCAACCUCCCUACAUCUAUCUCUUGCCUCCAAGACUUCCAAUCCAAUCUCACAUCCCUCUCACUUCCCAACAACCUUGUCUCCUCCUGCUUUGAUCCACAACAAUUUGUCAUCACUCCCAACAUCUGUGCUCGGAUUCAAAACAUGGAAGAUUGGCUCACCAGGCUUGGAUCUACGCCACAGCUCGACACUGCGUGUAAACCCGACCUUAGUGAUAGAAACCAAUGCAGAAAGUGCGUGGCUGAGGGGGACAAGGUUCAGCAGAAGCUUAGUGCCAUUGAUGGUAAUGAAUCACAUUCCCAAGAUUGCUUUUACUUCACAGCACUUUACAUGGCUGGAGUGGCCAAUCAGUAUGGCCCUGAGAGCAGAGGUGCUUUGUCUUGCAUUUUGACUUUGUUGCUUAAUUCACAAGUUGAUUCAAGGGAUGGCCAUCGUGCUCUUAGGCUUGGUUUGUUUGUAGCUUCACUUGCAGUCCUGGUAAUCCUGUUGUUAGGAUCAGGGUUGUAUUUUUGGUAUACCAAGAGAAGAAGUGUUGAAAAUUUGCUUGCCUAUGCUGAUCUACAGGACGAAAGGUUCAGGCAAAGGCUGAGACCAAAUACAGCGUUAACUUGGUUUGAAAUUGAGAGUCUCGUGAAGGCCACCAAUAAUUUUUCACCUCAGAAUUUCAUUGGUAGAGGUGGGUUUGGGAUGGUUUACAAGGGCCUUCUACCUGAUGGCACAAUGGUUGCGGUGAAAAGGCUUGAAGAAUUCGAUUCUCAAGGAGAUACUCUGUUCUACAGUGAGGUUGAGAUUGUUAGCAACUUGAAGCACCGUAAUCUAGUGCCACUAAGAGGGUGUUGUUUGGUUGAUGGGAGUCACAAUCUUGAGUACAGAGGAAGGUAUCUAGUUCAUGAAUAUAUGCCAAAUGGAAGUCUUCAAGACCAUCUUUUUCCAACCAAAUUAGAGAAUCAAUAUGCAAAGAAAUCCCUGACUUGGACUCAAAGAAAAAGCAUAAUCUUGGAUGUGGCAAAUGCAUUGGUUUAUUUACACUUUGGAGUUAAACCUGCAGUGUAUCACAGAGAUAUUAAAGCCACCAAUAUACUACUUGAUGCAGAUAUGAGGGCGAGGGUUGGAGAUUUUGGGCUAGUCAAACGGAGUAGUGAAAGUACGUCUCAUCUAAAUACAAUAGUUGCUGGAACUCGUGGAUAUGUAGCACCUGAAUAUGCACUCUAUGGUCAACUAACUGAGAAGAGUGACGUCUACAGCUUUGGUGUGGUUGUUCUUGAGAUAAUGUGUGGAAGAAAAGCCCUUGAGGUGUCCUCAUCAGGGACACCGGUUUUCCUGAUCACAGAUUGGGUUUGGUCAUUAAUGAAAUCUGGAAACAUAGGAGAGGCUUUGGAUGCUUCUAUGUUUGGAGACGGAAAUCAUGCUACAAACAUAAUGGAGAGGUUUUUACUGGUUGGAAUUCUUUCUUCUCAUGUAGUUGUUGCUUCAAGGCCAACAAUUUUGAAUGUCUUGAAGAUGUUAGAAGGGGAUAUUGAAAUCCCACCAAUUCCAGAUAGGCCACUGAUGCACGGGCACUAUGUCAUGUACGAUCGUGAUUGCUCUGGGAUGAGCUCUGGAUGUGGGUUUGUGAGCUCAUGAAAAGUUAAAUGUGAAGUAUUAAUGAGGGAAGCUGAAGCAUGUGCACUGCAAGAUACAAAGAUGUCAUUCUCUUUGAGACAAGAGUGCACCUCUUGUUGGCAGUUCUUGCUCUGUGGGAUAUUUCUGACUAAUAUUUUCCUGAAAGAGAUCAAAGGAAUUAACGAAAAGUGCAAGACCAAGGUACAACUCUAUAGGAUCUUCCUAAUUACGCUCAGCAUGCCGUGCCUAUUUUCUUUCUGUCACAAGAAUGGCUAUGGUGUGAAUCAUGUUGUGGCAAUGCUACAAAAUAUGAGGAAAAAACCAUUGAUCUGUGCAAGAAUCCCAUAACAAAAGAACCCAAACUGCUGAUGAAUGUUUUAAGUUUCUGCUUUCUGUCAAUGGCCACCCGUUUACUAUCACAGCUUAUGAUUUUGCAGUCCUCUAUCUCUGCUUUCUGUCAGCAGCCAGAUCUUGAUUUUUAGGCAAGAAGAUUCACAGCAUGAUUCUUAGGUGAUAAUCAAGAAUCAGAAUUAAUACAAUCCCCCAAUCAAACCAAUGACUUAUCUGCUGAAGAUUCAUCCAGCGAGGACACAGAAUCCACGGCCGAAUUAUGAGCAACAGACAGAUGUUGUUGAAGUUGAAAUAUAUCCAAGAAAUCAAUGAUCCUUGCAACAGUUCUUUCGAUCCUACCAAUACCUGACUGAUAUAUAUCCAUGACUAAACAAAAUAUGAUAACUACUGAGAGUGCAAUCAAGAUUUGCACUAUCAGGUGGCCAAUUCCAAGGGCUCAAAGAUGAUCUGACUAGAGGAAAAUUUCAGUGAAUGUUUCCUACCUAUAAUUUGAUUAUGAUUAUGAACAUAGUAACCUUUCGGGAAUUCUUUAAUGUUAUGUACAAGUAAUUACCCCCCA